GACACGUUUUAAAAUAAGUCGUAGGACCAGCGAUGUUGAAGUUUCACUUGGAUUUCAAACAGGAAGGAUCGGAGCAUCAACUACACCUUUUCUUGCUAGCUACAACUUGCAGUUUCGGAGGAACUUGAAUAAUGUGUGGGAUUUUUGCCUACCUGAAUUACCGAGUGCCACGGACCAGGAAGGAGAUAUUUGAGACACUCGUGAAAGGACUCCAGAGACUGGAAUACAGAGGCUAUGAUUCAGCAGGCAUCGCGGUGGACGGUCCGCAGAAGGAUGACAACAACAACAACAUGUGCCUCAUCAAGAAGAAGGGCAAAGUCAAGGCCCUGGAUGAGGAGCUCUGCAAGAAGGACUUCCUGGACCUGGAGGAGGUGUUCGAGACGCACUUCGGCAUCGCUCACACGCGCUGGGCGACGCACGGCGAGCCCAGUCCCGUCAACAGCCACCCCCACCGCUCCGACAAGAACAACGAAUUUGUCGUCAUCCACAACGGCAUCAUCACCAACUACAAGGAGCUGAGGAAGUAUCUGACCUCAAAGGGCUACGAGUUUGAGUCGGAGACGGACACGGAGGUGAUUCCCAAGCUCAUCAAGUACGUGUACGACAACCGGGAGUGCGAGAGCGUGUCCUUUUCCACGCUGGUGGAGCGCGUCAUUCAGCAACUGGAGGGGGCCUUCGCCCUGGUCUUCAAAAGCACCCACUUCCCGGGACAAGCUGUAGCCACCAGGAGGGGCAGUCCGCUUCUCAUCGGUGUGCGGAGCCAGUUUGAGUUGUCCACAGAAGAAAUUCCCAUCCAGUACAACAAUGCUCCUGGCUCCACCCCCCAGACCACACCCUCCAAUGACAAUGCGGGCGUGGCAGGUCACCUCCCGGACGGCGUGCAGGUGCGCAACAGGCAGAAUCGGAAGGACAGCGCGGUGGCCCUGCACUCCGUGGGCGACGGCAAGGCCGCGGAGUACUACUUCGCCUCCGACGCCAGCGCCAUCAUCGAGCACACGAACAAGGUGAUCUACCUGGAGGACAACGACAUCGCCGCGCUGUCGGAGGGCCGCCUGUCUCUGCACCGUCUGAACCGCGUGGCGGGGGAGGAGCCCAUGCGCGCCAUCCAGACCCUGCAGAUGGAGCUGCAGCAGAUCAUGAAAGGUAACUUCAAGGCCUUCAUGCAGAAGGAGAUCUUCGAGCAGCCAGAGUCCGUCUUCAACACCAUGAGAGGGAGAAUCUGCUUCGACACCAACACAGUUAUCCUGGGGGGGCUGAAGGACCACCUGAAGGAGAUCAAACGGUGCCGACGGCUGAUCAUGAUUGGCUGUGGGACGAGUUUCCACGCCGGAGUGGCGACACGGCAGAUCCUGGAGGAGCUGACGGAGCUGCCCGUGAUGGUGGAGCUGGCCAGCGACUUCCUGGACCGCAACACGCCCGUCUUCAGGGACGACGUCUGCUUCUUCAUCAGCCAAUCAGGAGAGACGGCGGACACGCUCAUGGCCCUGCGGUACUGUAAGGAGCACGGCGCUCUGACGGUGGGCGUGACCAACACGGUGGGCAGCUCCAUCUGCCGCGAGACGGCCUGCGGGGUCCACAUCAACGCCGGGCCUGAGAUCGGGGUGGCCAGCACCAAGGCUUACACAAGCCAGUUUGUGUCCCUGGUCAUGUUCGCACUGAUGAUGAGUGAGGACAGACUCUCCCUUCAGAAGAGGAGGCUGGAGAUCAUCAACGGUCUCCAGGUGCUGCCAGGGCUCAUUAAGGAGGUUCUGGCUCUGGAUGAGAAGAUCAAGAGCAUCGCAGACGAGCUGUACCAGCAGAGAUCCCUGUUAGUGAUGGGCCGCGGCUUCAAUUACGCCACCUGCCUGGAGGGGGCGCUGAAGAUAAAGGAGAUCACCUACAUGCACUCUGAGGGGAUCCUGGCGGGGGAGCUGAAGCACGGGCCCCUGGCCCUGGUGGACAAGCUGAUGCCCGUCAUCAUGGUCAUCAUGAGGGACGCCUGCUACACCAAGUGCCACAACGCCCUGCACCAGGUGACCGCCCGACAGGGCCGGCCCAUCAUCAUCUGCUGCCGGAACGACCCGGAGAUCGCCCAGAACGCGUACCGGACCAUCGAGCUGCCGCAGACGGUGGACUGCCUGCAGGGCAUCCUGAGCGUGGUGCCCCUGCAGCUGCUGUCCUUCCACCUGGCCGUGCUGCGCGGAUACGACGUGGACUGCCCCAGGAACCUGGCCAAGUCCGUGACCGUGGAGUAGCCUGCCCCAGCAACGGGAAGAUGAAGGGAGAACCCGCAUUCCGAAGUGCAAUCGCGUGUGUGUCUGUGAGUGUGUGUGUGUGUGUGUGUGUGAGAGAGAGAGAGAGUGUCUGUGCAUAUUAAUAACAUAUAUGCACCUCUAUGUCACCGAGAGAUAUGGCUAUUGAAACGGAGCCAUGGACCUUUGUGGGUAUAGUUUGUGCAUCUCAAAACAAAAAAAAAAAAAAAAAAAAAAACUGGAAGGUUGGUCCAAUCAAUGCAUCAUCAUCCAUUCUCCUGGCUUUACAUUCCCCUUGUCAUACCGUGCAGCUGAACUCUCCACAGUGUGCCUCACUAUGAAUACUGCGACGUAUGUCCCUCCACUGUACCCAAACGGGGGGGCGGUGUGAAAAAAAACCGCAGUGUUUACCUUUUAUAGUGAAGUGUUUACCGUUGUGCAAUAUUUACUUUGAGGCAAAACCAAAGGAAUGCUAGCGCUGAACGAUAUGUCAGGAAAUAUGAAGAUCGAUCGCAUGUUCUCGGAGAGGCAAGGCCCGUUUGACCAAUGAUAAGGUCUCGAGAGAAGUACUGACCAAUGAAGACCCAAGUGUGUCCGUGUGUGUUUCCGUGUAUUUACUUAAUGAAUGUCGGUUGAUAUUGACAGGAAGGAUUUCUGGUUUUCUCUUCGUCAAACGCCACCUGGAACACUCAGCUUUAAGGAAACCAGAGUCGAGAUCAUUCCUUACCAUUGUGAAACUACAUUAUAACUGAGCCCAUAGACAGUGCAGUGUUCCCCGACCUGGGUCUACCCUGUGUGCUGUCCCCAUACCUUAUGUACUUGAUUGAUUUUUCUUUUUUUUUCUUUUAAUAUUUUAAUAUUAUAAUUUUUUGAAGUUCAACAAUUGCCCGUUUUUAUCUCAAGCAGAGUUGAGUGAUUUUUCUGACUUGGAAAGAUAUGUGCCGUUCACCAUUACAUCGAAACCCAAUCCCGAUGCAUUCCCUUCAAAAGUUAAAAUAUAUUUUUAGUGUUUUAAUGUUUUUAUAGUAUUUAUGACUUUUUUUGUAAAGGAAAAAAGGUGUUUGUUCUCUCUGGCUUCGCUCGAAUGGUAAUUAUGUCUUGGUUUUGGCUUUAUAAAAUUCUUAGUUAUUUUCUGCUGCAGAAGGGGCCCCUUGGCUACUUAAAUAUACACAGAUCAGUUGCCUCAAUGAAGAUUGUAUUUUAUAUAUUUUAUCAUAAGUGGGGACUUUAUAAAUUUGUGAAUGUAAAAAAAAUAAAAUAUUAUCUGAUCAGA